CAUAUAACUCCUCAACUCAGAAACCCCAACCGCAUUUCAAACCCUUUUAAAACCCUAAUUUGGAGGGAGGCCUACGAGAGGUAGUGACGAUUCCUCCUGUCAGCAUCUCAUUCACGGCGUCGUUUUUCUUUCCUUUUUACUCUUUCUGCUGCAGAUUGUCGUGAGAGAUAGGCGAUUCAAUGUCUGAUUGGAGUUAGGGUUUAGUGGCUUAGCGAUUGCGUUAUGCAGGCAGCGAGAUCUGCUGUGUUCUCAUCCAAGAGCUAUGCAGCUCGAUUUCCCGCCUCGGAAAGCGUUUACCAAACAACACCUAAGGAAAAAGCUAAGCGACGGUCCACAUUCGACAUGCGAAGAAUGCCCUCUUCUGACAUAUCUUCCGGAUCUUAUCCAGUGUCCAUUGAGAUAUCCAAUGCAGUACAUGGAUCAAAUAUACAGUGGCGUGGAAGAUCCUUUGCUGCCUCAGUACCUUCUGAUUCAUCUAAACCCCAAAGAGGUCAGAAGAGAUUAUCAAAAGACGAACGGCGUGCUAUGCUGGAAUCCUUUGUUGACAAGUACAGAGCCAUGAAUGCAGGGAAAUUCCCUUCUGUUUCCCUUGCUAGGAAACAUGUUGGUGGGGGUUAUUAUGCCAUUAGAGAGAUCCUUCAGAAAAUGGUAUAUGAAUAUAACAAGUCACCUGUAAGCAAGAAAAUUGAAACUGUAGUGGGAAAGACAGAGAAAGCAAUUCUUCCUCAUCUUGAUGCAAAGGAAGAGUCACAAGUUUCUACUGAAAUCAACAAGGUCUCAGGUUCUAUGACAACUGCAGGUUCCACUUCUUGUGAUCUGAUCUCGGGCAUGAAGGAGAACACCAGCAUCGAAAUUGUUAAAAGCACUAAAAUGGCCAAGGAAGAGCCCCAGAUUACUAUUCAGGUCAAAAAGGCCUUGAAUGAAGUGGCCUUAAAUCUUGUCGCAACAGUAAGUAGCCCCUUGGAUGAGUCGCUUGGAAGAGGUGCAGAAACUGUUGGCAUCAAAGGCCGGAAACCUAAUACUCGGCUGGCUAUGGGAAUAGACAGGGAGGUUUGCGAUCAGAAAUUUGAUAAUGAACGCGCAGAGGAUAAUAUUGGGGAUGUUGCUGGAGAUCUGGCGUCUACCCCGAUUGCUAGUACUAAAAAACAACCUACUGCUUGUUCAGAAGCCUCCAGCAUACAAGAUUCUUCUACCCACACUAUUUCUGCUGGAAGUGGAAUUGAAGUUGUACAACCACUUGAAGAAGUAGAAAGUAGUAGAAAAGAUGAAACUGCUUCUAAAGUUUUGGAUGGUUUGAAGGGAGAAUCUGUGCUGAAAGGUGGGCAAGAAGGUCAUGAAUCAGAGAAGUCUCAAAGAGAGACCUCUAAACGGGUGCAUUCUGAAGAACCACCGCCCGAAAGAUCGACAGUGUGGGGAGGCCUGAAGUCUCUUGCAGAUGGAUUCAUCAACUUCUGGAGAAAACUGUAAAUGUUGGCCCAAGUUGCAGGAAGUGUGCUGAUUCAGCUGCAGGAGUAAGGAAGCUGCAUGUUGCAGACUUGGGCACUUCGACCCGUGUGGUACUUGUGCAGCGCCCCAACACUUAGUCAGCCUAGCUCAAACUUGCACUCCUGCAAAGUGAUAGACCCCAAUAAAACUGGGGUAGGAUGCAGGAGAAAAGAAAACGUGGGACGGUGUGAUGAGAAAGCCUGUAUUGCACUACAGGAGUGUUGGACACCAACAACUAGUUCGAUGACGAUGAUGAUGAUUCUGGGUGGAGUAUUGAGAAGGAAAAAUUGCCAUGAUGGAACGGUUCUAGCUAGUUUUCGGCUGUCAGAUGGAUGGUUGAAGACAAAUGGGUCCAAAUUCAAAGGUGGAAUCAGCUGGUUGUACGAUUUUGAAGCCAUUGUCCAUCCACAAUGGGUGCCGUGAUUUGCAUCUUCUGUUUUAAUGCACUAGAGUGCUUCAUCUGUGGGCCUUGUUUUUUACACUCUUGAUAAAUGGUAGCAAACGUGCUCUUGCUUCAGCUCAA